GUGAGGGCGUUCUUCACGUUGGACUAUCUCAUGGCAUUUUGAGUCUUUUUCGGCCUCUAGUGUCACGACCGAGAAAGACACGGAAUGCCAAGAGAUAUUCCAUCGUAAAAUGUCCUCACGCGCCAAAAACUAAAAACCCAAAUAUAGCUGUCAUGCUCAUGUCGAUGAGCCUAGUUUUUUAUUGUUAAAUUUAAAUGUACAGGUACUAAUGUACUAGUGUUUUCUCAACAUCAUGUACUGGAAGAUGAGAGGUACACUAACAUGUAAUCGAGCCCUUCGUUACGACUAGUUUUUGGUUUUGAAGCUCCGUAUUGGAUAUGUAGUGUCCCUCCUUUCAGCUUUCGACCUUCGGGAGAUACUACAUUUAAAGUGAACUAUAGGCACUGAAGUUGUCCGUGCCCGGCUCGGCGUGCCGUGGACAAAUACACCAAAGGAAUCAGGAAGCGGCAAGUACAUUUCCUGAUAGAUAAGUGAGCAUUGUUCCGUAUGCAUUUAUUCGAUGCUGAAAAUUAAGAGAAAACUAACAUAAUGUUCCGGAUUUUGUCACGAGACGUAGCACGCUUAACAUCGCCAUUCGUCACAAGAAAUGGAAGUGGAAAACUUUGGAAGGUGAAGAAAUGUUUUAUAUUUAUCAAAAAUAUUGUGACAGUCUUCACUGUGUUUCCCAAAUGGCCAGAAUUAAGCUUCAUAAUUUUCCAUUUGCUGUAGAAUCGGGUAUGGCCGUGUUACACUAGCACUACUAAUCUGGCCUCAUCCAGUGGGAGACAAUGGUUGGAGAAUUGGAUUAUUGGCAAAGGAAACAAAAUUGCACCAUUUAGCACAAGUACUGUGAAUGUAUCUUCAACACAAAAGAUUGUUGGAUAUUGGCUUCUUGGAUGUAGUGGAAUGGUUUUUGGAGCAGUUAUAUUAGGAGGUGUAACACGCUUGACUGAAUCAGGGCUAUCCAUGGUCACAUGGCGUUUAGUUGGGGAGAAGUUGCCAAGAACGGCUGAAGAAUGGGAAGCAGAAUUUACUCGUUAUAAGCAGUAUCCAGAAUUUAAAAUAAAAAACAGAGAUAUAACUCUGGAAGAAUUCAAAUGGAUAUGGUGGAUGGAGUAUGGUCAUCGAAUGUGGGGGCGAGCUAUUGGUGCCAUUUUCUUUAUUCCUGCUGUGGUGUUUUGGUCUCGAGGUUGGUUAAAAACUGGAAUGAAGAAGAGAAUUCUUGCAUUUGGCACUUUGAUUGGUUUGCAGGGAUUAAUGGGCUGGUACAUGGUGAAGUCUGGUUUAGAAGAUCGAUUCCACGGUGAAAGUGAUGUACCACGUGUCUCACAGUAUCGUUUGGCUUCUCAUCUUGGCUUGGCUUUUGUUCUGUAUACAUUAUUUUUGUGGUCUGCUCUUGAUCACCUGCUUCCAGCUCAGAAGCUUUCAGAAUCUGUUCCAAAAGCUGCUCGCCAAUUUCGAAUGUUAGCACAUACUUGCAAGGGGAUGGUAUUUCUUACUGCACUUUCAGGUGCGUUUGUUGCUGGAUUAGAUGCUGGUCUUGUGUACAAUUCUUUCCCCAAAAUGGUAGACAGAUGGAUUCCAGAAGAUAUUAUGGCAUUCGACCCACAAUGGAAAAAUUUUUCAGAAAAUCCUACAACUGUUCAAUUUAAUCAUCGAAUUCUGGGCACUGGAACAUUAGCACUGAUUUCUGGGAUGUGGUUUUUAUCCAGGAAGACCAAGCUUCCUCCCCGCGCAUAUACAGCUGCCACAGCAGUAGCCAUAAUGGGAUGGAUGCAGGUUGCUCUAGGAAUCACCACACUCUUGACUUACGUACCUGUACCUAUUGCUGCAAGUCAUCAAUCAGGAUCUCUUAUAUUGCUCUCACUGGCUGUAUGGCUUACUCAUGAAAUUAAAUUUAUGAAAAGACUGCCAAAGUGAAAUGCUUUUUAAUUAUACAUUUCGUUUAAUUAUGUCAAAGAGCUUGUAAUAAACCUCAUCUAAGAGCUUGUUUGCAAAUAAGGUUUUAAAACAUGCUGUCUUUGUGACCUCCAUUUGGAAUCAACUUAAAAAAAUUAUACAUUUAUUCAAGAUAGGGAUUGUUGUAGAGUUUUAAAGUGGCCACGAUCAUUAUGAUGAAGAGGUAUAUCAGAAGUUUCGGUGUUCAAAACCCUGGUGACAAAAUCACUGCAUUAACUUGCUGUGCUGAUUUACAUAAUCAAAAAAGUUUAUUCUGAACUCUAUAAAUUUCGAUGCGAGUAACUUUGGAAGUUCUUGCUAGAAAAAAUAAUUAUUGAGAGUAUUUGUGUUAAGUUAAUUUAGAACAAAUAACUGGAAAAUGUAAUUUACUAGAUUUGAUUGUACUUGCUACAAGUCUUUUGAAAGCAUUAAUAGUUAUUUAUUGUUAUUAAGAUUACAUUCUAGGCAAAGGAGCCUCCUUUUUGCAAUGAAUUCUGAUUGAAAACGUAUUGUAUUAUUUCAGUAUUUUACAACUUGUACAUAUUAUAUAAUAAUAUAUAUAUAUAUAUA